GAAUCUUUGAAACAGGUCGCGCGAGUACAAGUGAGCAGAAGUGCGUCCGGAAUGUGCGCUGCAAGGUGACUCCGGCUCCUCCCUCCCACCCAGCCAGCCAGCCAGCCAGCCAGCCAGCCAGCCAGCCAGCAAAAAGCAACACGAAAGAAAGCCUUUUUCCCGUGUGCGGAGCAGAGGCAGCAGGCGAGCUGGCGGGCAAGCGCGCAAUUUUGACGACAUUUCAACGGUGCCUGUGGACUUUACAGCACGAUAGAAAGGAAACAAAAGCCAAGUUAAGGCUCAGCGGUGCACAAGAUGGUCUUUCUCAUGGCGCUGAUGGCGCUCGUUGUCAUCCUUGUCAGUCCCGAGGACAUUGCCGAAUGCCCAAAGGGCUGCUCUUGCUCCACGCCGGAAUCCAUCUUGUGUUUCCAGAGACGUUCGGCCACCUUUCCGCAGGGAGUGCCCCCUUUGACGAGGAGCCUCUACCUUUUUUCCAACGGCAUCGAGGGCUUAUCCGCAGAGGACUUUGACGGUCUGGAGAACUUGGAAAUGCUGGACAUAAGCCAAAACAAACUGACCCAACUUCCCGACGGGGUCUUCCUCCCGCUGACCUCUUUGAAAAACUUGGACUUGUCAUCCAACCAAAUCAGCCGCAUUUCCGAGCACUGCUUCCGAGCUACGGUACUCCUCGAGCGCCUCUAUUUGUAUGCCAAUCAUAUCGAGAACAUCCACCCCGCUGCUUUUAGUGGCUUGGAUAACUUGCUGGAGCUAAAAUUGCAAGGCAACAGGCUGACGUCUUUGCCUGUUCUGGUGAUGCCCCGGCUGCUGCUGCUGGAUCUGCGUUUCAACGCCAUAACUAUGAUAGGCCCCUCUGACAUCCAAACGCCCAAUCUCGAGUCACUCAAAUUAGGCGGCGUGGGACUGAAUGACCUGAAUUCGGAGCUGAUUGGCAGUCUGAGGAACCUGCACGAGCUGGACGUCUCAAGCAACCAACUGAGGGUUCUGCCACCAAUCCUGAAAGAAAUUCGAGGGCUGAUUUACCUCAGCCUGGCUGGCAAUCCCAUGGGCCCUCUUCAUUUUCAGGACCUGAGGAACCUCCAAGAACUGAAGGAGUUGGACAUCAGCAGCCUGAGUCUGCAAGGGCUCCCGGCCGAGUUUGGUCAGCUAUUCCCUCACCUUACGAAGUUGACCGUGGCAGAGAACCCCUUCAACUGCUUGUGUAGCUUAGCCUGGCUCCCAAGCUGGCUGCAAGCCCAAAGCAUUACGCUGGAAAGAACAGAGGAGACCCGUUGCCACUUUCCCCCAAUCAAUGCUGGCAAGGUUGUAGAGAGACUGGAGCACCGAGAUUUUGGCUGCCCUACCACGACGACGCAAACUGUGACCCCAGCCAGAACUACGAGCGCCGUUCCUGUCGCGACCUUGGCCAGUGUUACGACAGCUAUUCCGAUGCACGAGGCUAACCAUAACGACGACACAAACCAAGACAAUCUCUUUCCGCCAGUUCCUGCGUCCCCAAGCAGCAGCAGCCGCAUUGUGGAGUCCGGCAAGGAACAGCACUUCUGCUCCUCUCACACCUGCCUGAAUGGUGGCACUUGUCGUCUGGACCACUCCGGUCAAGUGGAGUGUAGCUGUCCUCUCGGCACCUCUGGGUUUUAUUGCCAAGUACAAAAUCAGCAUCCCUCCUCACCCCGCAUGACAACAGUCAUGCCAAACGCGCCAGCGCUAAGUUGGCGCCAGGCAACGUCCACCUCCAUCCUGCUGGAUCUUCAUCGCUACAUUGAAACACGGCCGUACAUCCGCGGCAUCCGCCUCACCUACCGCAAUCUCUCUGGGCCGGACCGCAGACCCAUGCAACUCAGCCUGCCUGCAUCGUAUCCGGAAUACAGACUCCGAGGCCUGAAGCCUAACUGCACAUACGCCAUUUGCGCCAGUCCGCUGGGGGCCCCGAAUGGCAUCGAGAGUGUCUGCACUCAGGCGCAUACGGCCGAUGAGAAAAACGCCAGCGUCAGCGGGGCACAAACGGUGAACAAGAAGAUGACCGCCAUGUUGGUGCCCUCCAUGGCCAUCUUGCUUCUGCUGGUGCUGAUAGCAAUCGCCGUGGGAGUGGUUUGCUUUGUCCGCAAGAAGAGGGCCAAAGGCCACCUGGACCUGCAGCGCGAGCCCUCUCAGCCGGAGCUGGAUGGUGUCAACGGGGCGCUGCCUCAGAAACAAGCGCAACUCCCCAUCCCCGAACCCGCUGUUCAAAACAGCAAUCUGGAAUAUGAAGUGCUGCUGCUACAGGAUCACUGCAUAUCAAGUCAAAACUUUUCAUCACACAAGCCUUCCAACUUUUGAUAUCUGGGUCAGAGUGAAAAAGGAAAACGAAAGAAAGCUCUGCUCCGCAUCGGCUAAUGCAGAGAGCAGUCUGUCGCCAUUUUAGACCUACUGUGCGUCGUCACCUCGUGACAAAUGGUGACAGAUUGGAAUCUUUGAAGAUUAGAAAUGGUUUGGUGCCAGCAUGGGCAAUCAAGGAGCUUGUUGGCCCCCGCAGUGUCAGACAGUCUAAGUCGAUGCGAGUCUGCAAAUACGCAAACUAAAUCCCCUUUUGCACCAUUUGGACGCACGGGCCGUCACAAAAGGGGGCAAGUCAUCGGGAUUAUGAGCAGGGACAAGAAAGCUGUUGACUGACCAAACGCCUUAUGCAGCAUAGCACUUGCCUCAGUUACAUUAAACACAGAUGAGAAUUACACACAGUGACUAUUUAUUAUUUAUUGUCCCUAUAAGGGAACUGCAGGGUUUACCAUGUACAAGAUGAGUGCCUUUGAAUAAAAGUAGGCAUGCAUCAUUGUGCACCCAACGUGAAUUAAUAAGCAGACUGUCGUUUAGAUGGGGACUUGCAAAAUGGUGUGGAGGGCAAGCACAAACUCACUGUGAGUAUGAUGAUGCUUGUGUGUGCAGAUGUGCAGGGGGACAGAUCUGUCAACAUCCGUCAUGUCGGGACUUGCGCUCGGCAGCCAAGCCCUCUUUCUAUUCCAUGGUUCAUUGCAUGACAGACUCCUCUAUCAACACAUCGACCAAUGUCUUGCAUAUUCAGUGCGGCAAUUGAAAGAACUCAUUGACCAAAACUAAGCAAUAUAACUGGAAUAUGUUUCUGUCAAACAGAAAUCCUUGAAAAUCAGAAAUAUUGUCAAUGUGAUUGUAAAUUACAUUUUCCCUGUUUAUUUUGGAAAAUGCCUUGUUAAUAUUGUUGUUCUUUUUAUUAUUAUUGCGGGAGCUCAUUUGUACAACUGGAGAUUAAAUGAACAUGCAAACAAAAACA